AGAGGGGAGGAGUCUGAAGUCUAGGUCUGUCCCGGCAUGCCCUGGGCUUCCGGUGACCUCUGGCCCUUUUCUGCAGUCCGCUCCCUCUGCCUAACGUGCUCUCUGCCUGCUAGCUUUCGUUUCUUACCUCCGGUGUGUCCUCGCACGCUGCCUGCCGACUGUGGCGCCUGCGACUGGUACAGGCGGUGGCACAGGACACUCGUCAUGGCCGCCUCUAAGCCAGUGGAGGCGGCUGUGGUCGCAGCGGCUGCGCCCGGCUCCGGGAGUGGAGUGAGCGGAGGUGGCGGGACUUCGGGCCCGGGCACUGGAGGCCUACCCCGAUGGCAGCUGGCGCUGGCUGUCGGGGCGCCCCUGUUGCUGGGCGCUGGAGCCGUGUACCUGUGGAGCCGGCAGCGACGGCGACGGGAGGCCGGAGGCCGGGGCGACGCCAGCGGUCUGAAGCGCAACAGCGAGCGGAAGACCCCAGAGGGCAGGGCCAGUCCAGCCCUGGGCAGCGGACAUCCGGAAGGCUCAGGUGCCCACCUGGAAAUGAACUCUCUUGAUAGAGCCCAAGCAGCCAAGAACAAAGGCAAUAAGUAUUUUAAAGCAGGAAAGUAUGAACAAGCUAUUCAGUGCUAUACAGAAGCUAUCAGUUUGUGCCCUACAGAAAAGAAUGUUGAUCUUUCCACAUUUUAUCAAAAUAGAGCUGCUGCCUUUGAACAGUUGCAAAAAUGGAAAGAGGUGGCCCAAGAUUGUACAAAGGCUGUUGAACUUAAUCCCAAAUAUGUGAAAGCUCUGUUUAGACGUGCGAAAGCCCACGAGAAGCUAGACAAUAAGAAGGAAUGUUUAGAAGAUGUCACUGCUGUGUGUAUAUUAGAAGGGUUCCAAAAUCAACAAAGCAUGCUAUUAGCUGAUAAAGUUCUUAAACUUCUCGGAAAAGAGAAAGCCAAAGAAAAGUACAAGAAUCGUGAACCUUUGAUGCCAUCUCCACAGUUUAUCAAAUCUUACUUCAGUUCUUUCACUGAUGAUAUCAUUUCUCAACCUAUGCUUAAAGGAGAGAAGUCUGAUGAAGAUAAAGACAAGGAAGGAGAAGCUUUAGAAGUAAAAGAAAAUUCUGGAUAUUUAAAAGCCAAACAGUACAUGGAAGAAGAAAACUAUGAUAAAAUCAUAAGUGAAUGCUCAAAAGAAGUAGAUGCUCAAGGAAAAUACAUGGCAGAAGCAUUAUUACUACGAGCCACCUUCUACUUACUCAUUGGCAAUGCCAAUGCUGCCAAGCCUGAUUUGGAUAAGGUCAUCAAUUUGAAAGAAGCUAAUGUGAAGCUUCGAGCAAAUGCCCUCAUCAAAAGAGGCAGCAUGUACAUGCAACAGCAGCAGCCUUUGCUGUCUACUCAGGAUUUUAACAUGGCUGCUGACAUUGAUCCUCAGAAUGCAGAUGUUUAUCACCACCGAGGACAGCUGAAAAUACUGCUUGAUCAAGUUGAAGAAGCAGUGACAGAUUUUGAUGAAUGUAUUAGAUUAAGGCCCGAGUCUGCUCUGGCACAAGCUCAGAAAUGUUUUGCACUGUAUCGCCAGGCAUAUACAGGAAACAACUCUUCACAAAUUCAAGCAGCAAUGAAAGGUUUUGAAGAGGUCAUAAAGAAAUUUCCAAGAUGUGCUGAAGGCUAUGCACUAUAUGCCCAGGCAUUAACAGAUCAACAACAAUUUGGUAAAGCUGAUGAAAUGUAUGAUAAAUGUAUUGAUUUAGAGCCAGAUAAUGCCACAACGUAUGUUCAUAAAGGUUUACUUCAGCUUCAGUGGAAGCAAGAUUUGGAUAGAGGUUUGGAGCUUAUCAGCAAAGCUAUUGAAAUUGAUAAUAAAUGUGAUUUUGCAUAUGAAACCAUGGGAACUAUUGAAGUGCAAAGAGGAAACAUGGAGAGAGCCAUUGACAUGUUCAACAAAGCCAUUAACCUGGCCAAAUCAGAAAUGGAGAUGGCGCACCUGUAUUCCCUUUGCGAUGCUGCCCAUGCCCAGACAGAAGUUGCGAAGAAAUAUGGAUUAAAACCACCAACAUUAUAAAACAAGAGGAAAGGAGACUGACCAGCCCUCUUUUUAAAAGAAGUUUACCCCCUGUUCAACUGAACUAUAAACACAAAGUCAUGAACAUGUUGAAUGGUGGAAUUUAAUAUUCCCCUUUGUGGUGUUGUCAGUCAUUACAUCUGUUUCCUGUUUAAGUGUUGUGGGCGUGGCUGUUGGAGGAAGUUUGCAGUCUUGCAGCUUUUACUCCCUGUGCAACAAAAACUUAGAACCUGUUAAGGGGAUAUUAAAAUACAGUUGCAGAGUACAAAAGCUAAUUGGCCAUGCAAAUAAAAACUUUGACUUAUUGAUUUGUUUUUGGUUUUAUUUAAUUUAAUGGGGUGGGAGGUGGUUAUAUUCUGGAUGAUUUUGUCUUUAUAUAUGUGUAUAAUAUGAGUAUUUUACAGUAUGUUGGUUUUUAAAUUAACACAGUAAGUGCUGUAAAAUAAGUUUAUAUUCAAAUAAUCCUUUAUAGUUGAUUUUUUUUUUUAAGGAUGCAAAGCUUCAAUGUUGAUUACAGUAAAAUUGAGAAACCCUUUAAAUCAUUGUCAGUAUGGAAAAUGGCUCUGAUUCUGCAGAACUUUAGAAACUGAAAGUUCACAGAAGUUGGUUUCCAUUCAGGAACAAAAUAUUCUGAGAUUCAUAGAUAUAGAUAUCUAUCUAUCUAAAUAUAUAUAUAUUAGAAGACUACUAAUGAGAAAUGGACCAGAAAAAGAGGUAAGAUGAAAAUGAAGUGUGUUUAUAAUUAUCCAUAGCUAUUUUGUGUAAAACGUACUACUACUUAAUGUACUUUUAAAAGGAAGUAUGGGUUGUUUAUGUGUAUAAUCCAAACAGAUGGAGUAAGUAAGAUAUAUGGGAAUAUUUAACUAUCUUAAAUUUUCUAAUGAAGAAAAAGGUAGGUAAAGUUUCAAAAAGAAUGUUAAGUCUUGUACCCAAAGCAGAGUAUUUUUUUGAAAAUGACAAAUUUAGUGCUUUAGGCUACCUAUAUUUAAAGAAUUUUAAGCCAAUAUUUUUAAAGAUGCCAAGUACAUGUAAAGUGCUUUUUUUGUAUUGAACUUGACCUCUAAGGACUAAUGGCCCAUGUCUGGUCUUCAGUACGAUUGUGACAGCUUUGGGAAGCACUUUAAGGUGUAUUUCUAGUCCCUUUUAUAGACCAUCCUUGUGGUUAUAUGCUAGAUUUUUCUGAUGAGGAAAUGGCUGUUUUCAUAAAGGAUCUCUUAUUUUGACAUAUCUAGGACAGGUAGAGAUUUAUUUUAAGUCUGAAUAUUAUAAAAGAGCAAGCCUUCUGUUACACUUAUCAAGAAAUUAAGUCUAAUUCUAGUUUACAUUGUUGAAAGUAAAGGAGCAUUUUACCCUCUUUAAAGGAGUACUUUAUCCUGUUAAAACCAAAAAGAUUUUGUUUAUAAAAUUUUAGAAAAUUAGAAAUUAUUCCCCUUCCAAAAUCAGGCUUUGAAAAGAUUGAAGAGGCCUCUGGCUGAUUUUAGUAGGGGCAGAUAACAUAAUUAAAGAUGAUUGGGACAAUGGGAAGUUGGAGAGCUCUGUAUUUUGUUUCUAAAUUAUGAAAAUCCCCAAAUAUAGAAAUGUUCUACAUCUCUAACCUCUGGCUUUUAAAAGAAAACGUUUUUAUUUGCAUGGCUAUAAUUACAUUAAUACUGACAUGUUCUACUCUUCUUUCUUUUUUUCCUUUGGGGUUGAGUAGAAAAAAAACAAAACUGAAGCAUGUGCCAUUCUUUACUAUCAUUCCAAAUUCUCACAGAGCAUUGCCUGUUGUGAAAAUAUUUGAAACUGCACUGAAAGCUGCAUCUGUCUGUAUCUUUUCUUUUGUAAAUGACCUCACAUGUAAAUUCACCAAAUAAAUAUUAUCUUCAAC